GUCGUCAGUUUUUGGCUAAAGAGUGUGAAUUGUUUACAUCAUUAAUUAAUAUUGAUUUAAACUGUGAUUGUCAGAAGAUGAAUAGAUUAUUUUGUACAUGAUGAAUGUUUUCUUCUCACAAUUUGUGGUAAUCAGUAUUUAUACGUUAAUUCUAUUUACUGAGAAUUACCAGGCAAACAAUGUUUCUUUAUUCAACCAGAACUUGACGUUAAACUGUACAAUUAAAAUUCUACAAUGUAGUCCUUGUCAACAAGGCUCCUUCGCUGAUCCAAAAUUGGCUACUUGUGGAUGUUGCAAUACAACAGCAGGUUAUUGUGCAAGUAAAUCAUUUUGUACAGCAUGUCAAAAGGGAACAGCACAAAGUAAAUCAAAGCAAAGUAACUGUACAAAAUGUUUACCAGGCUUUUAUGCUAACGAGACAGGAAGUGAGACGUGUUCUCCAUGUGAUAUAGGUACUCACGCCAGCGAUAAUGGAACUGUCAAUUGUUCUCCUUGUAAUGCCGGAUUCUACCAGAAUGACACUGGACAAGCAGACUGUGAUCCCUGUCCGCAGGGACAAUUUCAAAAUAAUACAGGAGGAGACUCUUGUGCACCUUGUGCUGAGGGUCAAUAUCAGAAUUUAACAGGUCAAGCAUUGUGUGAAGCUUGUCCUACAGGACAUUUUCAAAAUAAUACUGGUGAAGCUGCGUGUGACGAAUGUCAGCCCGGUCAGUUUCAGAAAUCGACAGGUCAGACGUUGUGUGAAGAAUGUUCUGAAGGUCACUAUCAGAACGUAUCUGGUCAAGCUCUCUGUGAUCCGUGUGCUUUGGGUUUUAGUCAGAAUUUAACAGGAGCCCUGGAAUGUGAUCCGUGUACCCCCGGUUUUUACUGUCCUGAAAUUGGGUGUAUAGAAUGUCUAGCUUGUGAAGCAGGUACCUAUGUUGAUGAAUCAGCAGCACAACUUUGUGUUAAAUGUCAAGAAGGCGAAUAUCAGAAUAUAACUGGUCAGGAUUCAUGUGUUGAAUGUGAUAUGGGAACAUUCUGCAAUUGUACAGGUUGUGAAGCAUGUUUUUUAUGCGGUGAAGGUCAUUUUGGUAAUGAAACGAAAUUGGAUGAUUGUUACGCUUGUCCAAUAGGAACAUAUCAACCAAUGAAAGGUCAGACAGAUUGUAAAGAUUGUCCACCAGGAGCCGAGGCAAUUAAAUCUGGAAGCCAUAAUUGUACAGGAUGUGCUAAAGGAACAUAUAAAAAUACAACCAGUCCUGAUUUCUGUAAAUCUUGUGAUGUUGGUCAUUAUGCUAAUGUUGUAAAUUCUACUGAGUGCCUUCCGUGUGAUGCUGGACAUUAUCAGGAACAGACGGGUCAAUUUGAAUGUAAAGCGUGUUUAACAGGAUCUUACUGCAAUAAAAGUGCAUGUGCAAAUUGUGUGGCGUGUCCUGCUGGUCAUGAAGCUCUAACAGGUGGUGCUGAAGAUUGUACGCAAUGUGAUAAAGGUUAUAAUAAAAGUGUUGAUAGUUUUGAAUUAUGUGAACAAUGUCCCGAUGGUUAUUUUACGAUACAAAAAGGUUCACGACUGUGUAAUAUAUGCCCAGAAAAUUUCUGGUGUCCUCAAAAGGACGAAUCCCCGCAGCAGUGUCCCCCUCGAUGUUAUUGUCCACAAGGAACUGGAUCGAACCCGAUACGAUGUAACGCCCCGUGGUUUAAUAUCGACAAAUCUAGUGCCUCGUGUAAACCUACAGGUGAACUCAUGGCCAUUAUAGGUGGAUGUAGCGCAGUUUUCCUGAUAGCCGUUAUAAUAGCCAGUGUUAAGUUUCACAGAUAUCGUAACAGUAGACGUACAGUGGAUGAUGAAGUUCGACCUCUAGCCACGUCUGGUCAGCAGAUAUACACUGGUUUAUAGCAGAACCAAAAAUAUGUUACAAAUACUCAAAGAGAACAAACACAUCGGUCUGAAUUUAAUUUGGUUAUUUAAUUUACAGACUUAAUUCUAUAGAUAACAAAUAAUCGAUUUAUUCGCUUCGUUUCCAUUUAGUGAUGCGACAAGUAAAUAUAUACAAAUUUCAUUUUUUAGAUUAACAAUUUUACGUUUCAUUUUUGGCUGACCUGUUAUCAUUACACGAGCGUAAAAUUUAGAACAAAUUAAUAUGGAUUGCCACUUCAUAUAACACUGUAAUCUGGGUAUCAGUUAAUCUUGUGUAUUUAGCAUUCAUUUCUUUUACAUUCGUUUAAUAUCAAAUCUUUGUUUAAAAAUUCGUAAAAAUCGUUUAAAAUCACCCCAAAUCAUCUAAUUUGUACUUUUGUCCAAUUUAAAGCUGGCUGAUUAAUUUUGAUAAUGAUUUUUGGUGAUUUUAGAUGAUUUUAACGAAUUUUUAACAAAGAUUUGAUAUUGAAUGAAUGUGAAAGAAAUUAGUGCUAGACACACAAGAUUAAAUGAUACCCGGAUUACAGUGUAAUUAGUCAACAGAUAAAAUUCUGUCCAAUAUGAAGAGGUUAGUGCUAUUUUAAGGUGACUUGAUUUGACUAUGAAAUUAGGUCAGAUAUCAAUGAGUCAGGCCUGGAAAUAAGGCACCGGUCGCAGACAAUGUCAGGCACAGAUUCAGGCUUUGUCAGGCACAAAAUCUCUGGUGCCUGUCAUUUUGUCCGGCACUGAUUUGUCUUUUUUUAUUGAUAUUAUUAAUACAUGUCUGGCACUAAGUUGAAAAUGGCAGGUGCAUCUAAAACCGUUAUUUACGGGCUGCUUUGAGAUAGUGAAUUCCUAUAAUAAUCAUAGAAAAAAAAGGAUAAAUUUAUAACCUUGAACUUUGACAUCAAGCUAUGAAAACUAUCAGAGCAUAAAAUGAAAGCAUCUAUCUCACAUUAGUUUUUUUUUUAAGGCUAGCUCAAGAACCAGAAUAUCUAUUUUUUUCGCUAUGGCCUUAUUUUAAAUUGUCUAUAUGAAAUACAAUCUGAUUAAAGUAAAGAUAUAUAUUUCUAUUCGUUUAUACUUUUGAUGGCCAACACUACAUGAAGAUCUGACCAGUUGUAGUGGACAGUCGCGUCAGGGGUAACAGGUCACAUGAGCGGUUUUUGGCCUUAUGACAUCAGAUAUUUGAUUAACCAAUCAGCGUUGAUGUUUCUAGUGGGUUAGGCUACCCACAGUUCCGUGCACCUCACGCCAAAACUUGCCGUAAAAGAAUGUGGGUUAUAUAACAACUCUUCCAGAUCCUAGUGUAGUAAAGACAAGUAAAACAAAAUAUUGAACUAUACAAAAAGAAAUGAAAUAAGAUUGUGUGAAAUAGCACAUAUUAGUUUAUGGACAAUUUGCUUCUUGUUAUAAUAUUUAUGUAUACACAGUAUAUUCUAGUCAGUAAGGGGCUCACGAUGGCUCAGUGAGUAAGACUCUGGCUCGCUAGCCUGGAGGUCGCGGGUUCGCUCCCAGUGUUGGCUGAGAAAGUUUAUCGACGUGGUUUCACUGUGUCAUCGGUGCGGAAAGUAGAGUUUGAUAAAGGCAGCUGUCUAGUCAUUCAGAUGUGACGAUAAACCAAGGUCCUGUGUCCAAAUUGGCGUGCACGUAAAAGAACUCUUGGCAGUUGGAAUUCAAUAUAAGAAUAGGCUGUAGCGCUGCUGUCCGGGCAAAAUUUCCCCUCGAAAUGAAAUGAAAUGAAAUGAAAUGGGGUUUAACGUCCUACUGUUCUGCUCCUAACCUGGGCUAAUGAAGACGGGCAUACGCCAUACAGUGUGCUAUGAGGGAAAUUUUGCCCGGACAGCGGCACUACGGCCUACUCUUAUAUCGAAUUCCAACUGCCAAGGGAUCUUUUACAUGCACGCCAAUGUGUACACGGGACCUCGGUUUUUCGUCCCAUCCGAACGACUAGACAGCUUUCCUUGUCAGCCCCUCCGUCCUGCAUCACUGACAAAGGAGAACCACGCCGGAAAAUCUGGAUGAACUUUCUCGGCCAAUGCAGGGAUCAAACACCCGACCUCCAGGCUAGCGAGCUAGCGUCUUACCCACUUAGCCACGUGAUCCCCAAAUUUCCCCUCAUAGCAAACUGUAUGGUUUAUACCCAUCUUCAUUAGCCCAGUCGAAGCAGAACAGUAGGAUGUUUAACCCCCAUUUCAUUUCACAGUGUUCUGGUAUCACUGUGACUUCAGAUCCUUAUAUUUCUGGUUAGUUACGAUCUGAAGUCAUGUUGAUAGCAGAACAUUGUGAAAUGAAAUGGGGUUUAACAUUUGAACUGAACUUUAUGGACCAACACUGGGAUCGAACAUGGUACCCUUAGAUUAGCGACCCAAUGUCUAACUGAGUAACAUGACUCGCAAGGAAUUUCUAUCACAUGGUUGAAAUCAAAUUGUUUGCAGUAAUUUUCACACAAAUUGGAAUCAGAUUUAUAAAAUAUCUGCUAUAUGUGGCUGAUGAACGCCAGCCAGAUGAAUUAUUUGCCCCUGAUUUUGAUUAUCUUAAUUAUGUGAAUAUGAACUACUUUGCCCCAGCUUUGUUAUUUUUGAAACAGAUUUUACAAUCAACUGAGCACUAGGUAUUUAAUUGUGAUAUCGGCCUAUAAGUAGCUUUAUAUGUAGGGUUUACUUUCUGUGCUAGAAUCAUCCAUCAUGCUUUAUUUAAAUAAUCAUGGCCACACAAAUUUGUAUUUUUGUACUGUUUGAUCUUCUGUUUCUCUUGGAGGGAAAACAAAUUAUUUUAAACCAAAGUGUAGCUGGUUACACCUCUCAAUGUUGUAUCUAAUGAGAAUAGUGUAUUAAAAAAAUCCCCAAGAACAAAAAUUAAAAAUCGGGUUGGUGAAAUAGUCUGUUGACACAGUAAUACGCUUUGGAUUGUUGCUUUUAUUUGUUAUUAUCUUGGAACAGUUUGCCUAGUAAUCAAUUUGAUUUGUUGCUUCAUUUGUUAUUAUAUUGGAACAGUUUGCCCAGUAAUUGAUCUUGCUUGUUGCUUCAAUUGUUAUUAUAUUGGAACAAUUUGUUAUAAUAUUGAUAUAAUAUUUAUUUUUAUAAAGUGAUGGUUCCUAUUCACAAAAACUUCCACUAAAAUAUUUGAAUAGUAGAGAGGAUUUAUUGGCUGAGUACUGAAAUCAUCGUACAAAUUGUCACUGUUAAACAACCUAAUGGCUGUAUUCUUAAUAUAUUUUACUCAAAGUUGUCUUCAGGGGAGACCCCAUGGGUUGUAUUUGAAUAUUACCAUUUAUUUAUGUUUUCCAUGUUAAGACUAUCUUCUAAUCUGAAACAUUCUAUAGAGCUACUAGAGGUGUUUUGAUGGUCAAUAUCUAAUCUGAUUUGCUAUAUUUACAUGCAACAUUUUUAGAUUUCUUUUAUUUUUUGCUUUCAUCUGGAUGCAAAUCUGAGAUAAAAUAUUUCACAUUUGAUCAGAAAUAAAAUUUCAGAGAUUAAUUUCAAAGCAAUGUCUAUAAUGAAGGUCUAUAAGUUGAUAAAUUAAUUUACAAGUAAAUCCAAAGAUGUAUGGAAUGUUUGCUCUGUUCACAAGUAUUUAAUCAAAUUUAGCUUCUAGAUAACUCUUACUGUUAAAACUAGACUAUAAUGUAUAACUCUUACUGUGAAAUCUAGACUGUAAUUUAUAACUAAUACUGUUAAAACCAGACUGUAAUUUAUAACUAAUACUGUUAAAACUAGACUAUAAUGUAUAACUCCUACUGUUAAAACCAGACUGUAAUUUAUAACUAAUACUGUUAAAACUAGACUGGUGUUUAUAGUGUCAAAACUAGACUGUAAUGUAUAACACAUACUGUUAAAUUAAAAUGUCAUUUCUAACAUAGACUGUUAAAAUAACACAAUGAUUCAUAACAUAUACUGUUAAAUCAAAACUGUUAAAUCUAACUGAUACUGUUUAAAUUAUAACUGUUUAAACCUGGUACUAAUUUACAUUCCAUGGUUGUUAUAAAUUAGUUAUUAUCUCUUACUUUGUUCCGUCUUAGAGGUUUCCUUUAUUUUUUCUUUCAUUGAUUUCAAAUCGUAUUUUCAUAUUUACUGUUUUAUCAGCUAUGUACAACAUGAUUUCAGAUUAGAUUGAACCUGUUAUAUAUGUAGUAGUCAAGCCAUGUCGGUUGGUUCAGAAUUCAGAGUUCGGGCCUGGUGUUAAUGAUAUGUUUAAACCAAUACUCUCCAAUAAAUACUCAUAGGCUGUGGACAUGCUCAUCUCCGUUUCUUCUGUAUCCUCGUCGUAGGAUGUACUUGGGAACUUCAAAAUGAUCGUCAUUGGUCACUGGAAGGCCUGUAUGUAAAGUGGCUCUUAUAAUUAGGUUGGGAUAUAUCCUUGUUAUUUAUAACUAAAAUGGAUGCUGAAUGGUUAAUCACGUGACCUUUAGAUCAUAAGGUCUGUCCAUUCAUUGACUCAGGUGACAUGAUUUAGAUCCCAAGGUUGUACUGACAUACCUACCUAACCUGGUGGACUUUCUCUGGGUCAGCAGGUUUCCUCCCGCUGUCCUUUCAUUAGCACAAAACGUGACAUGUUUGUUCCAUGGACAAUUGCACACCAAUUGACGGACGUCAUAAUUCCAAGAUGGCCACGAUGAUGUCAGUUUAGUCUCGUCGUAGGCAAGAGGAUAUUUGUCGAAACGUCGUGUUUUUAUAAUAAAUUUGUGAAUGUUUCUGUUAAUGACACUUAAAGAUGCUUUAUAUAAGACUGAGAUAAAGAGUUGACAUUUCUCGCUGUAAUAGAUAAAUACAAAUAGAUAAUGUCUAAUUAAACAUAUAUUAUGAGGUCACAUUAAUAAUGAUGUCAUUAUGCAAGAGCUAAAUCUGACUAUUGCAGGUCUUUCUUUAGGCCUGAAUUGUUUUCUAAAUUAUUAAUUAGACAUUAAUUAACUUAUCCAGGCGGUAAUCAACUCGCGAUGGCAUCGGAUUUCUCAGAUAUUAAAUAGAUUAGAACAGUUCAGUCAUUUUUUGAUUUAAGCUAAAAAUGGAGGAGCGAGACUUAGCUUCGAACAACUAGUACGGUGGUUGAAAUUAUUGCACACGUCUUGUCAAACCUUCAAAGGCUAAUAUCUUCGCUCACAAUAGGGUAAUUUGAAUGACAUUUUCAAAUUAUUCAUUUUACAUUAUCUAUUUUUGAACUAUUAUAGCAAGAAUGACUAGCAUUUUAUCUAAAUCCUACCUAAUGUAUCUUUAACAUAUUGAAACUUUCAGUGAAAUUACUGUAUUCUGUGUGAAGAAUAGCGUAGUCUCGAUUUUCAUUGAUGUCAUUAUUACAAUAAUAAACAAAGUCUCGGAUUAUCCAGUUUUGAAUUUGGUUACUAAAUAACGAUCGUGUUUCAAUCCAUUUAAAAUCACGAUCAUCCGAUGGACUAGAGAGUUGAUUAUGGACUUGUGUCAAUAAAUGUCUAACUAAUAAAUUAUAUAACAUUUCAAGUCAAAAUAAAAUCCUGUAAUACGUAGAUUUAUCUCUUACAUAAUGUAUGAUUAUAAUAAUAAAAACUUUAUUUAAUGAGACAACUUAUUUAGUUUGCAAAAAAGACUAUAUACAUGUAAUUUCAGGAUAAAUUCAAAAUCAUUUGAAAUGCAAUAGCAUUUUAAAGUGGGAAGUUUGGGAAGUCACUCCCAAACUACAAAACAUAUACAUUAUACAAGUAGAAUAUAGGAAGAACACUAUAAUUACACAUAAAAUAAGAUAGAAUGCAGUUGCAAGUUAAAAAUAAUAAGUUAAAUAUUAUGGUUUCUUCAGUGCUCAAUAUAAAUGAGUUUUCAGUUUAAUCUUAAAAUUUUCAACAGUUUUACACAUCUUUAUAUCAAUAGGCAGAGUGUUCCAUCUUUAAGAUAAAGAAUUGUAAUCACUUUUAUUUCAAGAUAACCUUUCUUUCCAAAAGAGACAAUUUGUAAUUUUAUGUGAAAUUGUAUAAAAUUGUAUAGAAUGAUGUAAAUAAUAUUAUGUAUCUAUGGUAACUAUAUCUGUAUUGAUUGUUGAUUAGUUUAUUAUAUAUAUGUAAUGAGUAUAUUAAAGACAAAUGUUAUUUUUAUCAUUA